AUGAUUAACAAACAAAAAUCGAAGUCCUACAUUGCCCAGCCACGGGACCAUCAAGGACGGGUACAACAUUUGCCCGAUGCUAUCGCUAAGGUUGCACACUCAUACUGCGAAAAUCUGUACUCGACGAAGACAGCUAGGAAUCACGCUCAACCCAACCGAAAGACUGCUGCCAUCCACGCUUACCUGGAAACUAAUAUUCACAUGAAAAUAACGGAAGACACCAAAAGGACCCUAGAAACUCCCCUGACUCUAGAGGAAUUGACGACUGCGGUGAAGACCACCAAACCUGGCAAAAGUCCUGGCCCUGACGAUUUGACCAUUCCCUACAACAAACAAUUUGCUGACAUCCUAUACCCACAAGUCCUGACAGCAUUAAAUUCCCUCACGGAUGAACAGAAGCUUACCACGCAAACCUUGGCAGCUAAUGUCACCCUAACAUCUAAAGACGGCAAUAUCUGUAGCUACUAG